AUGGCGAGAGGACGAGCUCAAACAGAGAAGAAUGCCAAUUCAAAAAAGAGACCGAAUAAUGAAUCUCCUCAGACCCUCUCCAAGAAGCUGAAAGCCAAAAAAGACGACAUGACCUCGUCGUCGUCACCAAAAACGGAAACCUACAUACAGGCAAGUGUGAAAUGGAUUGGAUGCCAAAAGAAAUUGGGCCAAACAAGUAUACUUCACUACAUUUACAAAAGCUCCUUAGGACAGUGCAUUCAUGUGCAUUUUCGCAAGUGUCUGCAAGAGCCUUUCACAUGCUCUCUUGGAGCCUACAGACUGCAUCGCACAGCCAGCCACUUUGACCGAAGGGUCACUUGUCUGGAUUGGCACCCAACCCACCCCACAACUGUUGCAGUGGGCUCCAAGGGUGGAGACAUCAUCCUGUGGGAUUAUAAUGCGCUGAAUAAAUCAACAUUCAUACAGGGGAUGGGUGCUGGAGACUCAGUAACAGGCAUGAAGUUUAACCAAUUUAAUACCAAUCAGCUGUUCACCUCAUCUAUUGGGGGUGCCACCACCCUUCGGGAUUUCAGUGGAUCAGUAGUACAAGUGUUUGCUGAAACACAUUCAUGGGAUACUUGGUAUUGCUGUGUAGAUGUGUCUGUAAGCCGUCAGAUGCUUGUGACAGGGGAUAAUGCUGGAAGACUUCUCCUGCUUGGUCUAGAUGGACAUGAGGUUUUAAAUGAGAAGCUGCAUACAGGCAAAGUGACCCAUGCAGAAUUCAACCCUCGGUGUGAUUGGCUGUUGGCAACAUCUUCCGUUGAUGCCACGGUUAAAUUGUGGGACCUUAGAAACAUCAAAGACAAAGGCAGUUAUCUGACUAAGAUGCCUCAUGAAAAACCGGUCAAUUCUGCUUACUUUAAUCCCACUGACAGCACCAAGCUCUUAACUACAGACCAGAUGAAUCAAAUCCGGAUUUACUGCUCGUAUGACUGGUCUAAACCUGAUCAAAUUAUUACUCAUCCUCAUCGACAGUUCCAGCACCUUACACCCAUUAAAGCAACCUGGCAUCCCAUGUAUGACAUCAUCGUGGCUGGCCGGUACCCAGAUGAUCGUGUCUUUGUCAAUGACAAGAGAACUAUUGACUUUUAUGAUGCCAGCAGUGGUAGGCUGGUGCAUCAGCUCAGAGACCCCAAUACCCCCGGCAUCAUAUCUCUGAACAAAUUCAGUCCAACAGGGGAUGUUCUGGCAUCUGGAAUGGGGUUUAAUAUUUUGAUUUGGAAACGAGAAGACAUGCUGCUAAACAGUGAUAAUCAAAACCAGGAAUUUACAGAGGAAAGAGUGGAGGGCGGUAGAGGCAGAGCGGGAACCUCUAGGUCCCAGCACAGUGCACGGCAGCAGCCUCAAAGAGACAAAAGAACAUCUCAAGAUAAUGCCAAGCUGAAGAAAAAGCUCAUCUCUGUCAUCAACAGAGACCAAAGCCAAGAGCAAACCAGAGUCAAAGACUUCAAAAGCAAAGAGAAAGUGACCGUGUUGACACUGGAUAACUGGAUAAUCAGCAGAUUUUAUUAGUAGGUUUACGAAAAUGUUUGUGCUAUUUCAAUGUAUUAAAAAACAGUUAGUUUGGUUGGUUUUUUAUAUCUCUUCAUAGGAACUUGAAUAUAUUUUAUAUACAACUUAUUCAUACAAUAAAAUGUUGUUAUAUUAAAACUAUGUCUCUGUUAGGCCACUUAACUAACAAUAAACUUACAUGUGAGUCAAG